GGCGACCGAGUGUCGCGAGUGUAGUUCGUUAGUGUAGCGAGUUGGUUAUCUUUUAGCGUGCGAAGCGUAAUGUAGAGGCGCGGGAGAGGCAAAAGCGUACGGACGCUUUCGAUUCCGUGGGAGAUCUCGUCAGACCUGGCGGACAGAUGCGUGCGAGGCGAAGUACACUUCAGCGGCUUCAGUGUGCCACUGAUUGUGAGUAGAAAAGCUUAGUGAGCGCGCGCGCGCGUGCGAGCGGCAAAUUGUGUGGAUCUUUUUCGUGUUUUUUUCGACAUGGCAGGGAUAUACCGUUAUCCAUGAACGUUUCUCCAUCUCAAUGCCUCCCCUAAAGGUGUACACAUCGAAGGGUAUUCCCUAAACACUGAACUGAGAUCGAUCAAGAGGGGAACCGGUACAUGGAAGUUUCCUCGUAGGGAGAACAACGCGGAUACAACAACCGGAGAAGCGAUCCUGCAGAGCAAGGUUAGAUUCGCAAGGAUGGUGGGCAACAUGUCGAGCGGAUGGAUGAGGAAGAUCCUCCUUUUCCUUGUUCUGAUAACCGGGAUCCUGCUGAUCGCGAUGUACGCUCACGCCCCGCCACUCGCCUCCCUUCAGCCGUUCUCGUCGCGACGACUGAAGGAGUUGCAACGAGGCUUGGUUACAUUCCUGGUCGGUAAUGAAAGCACGAAGAGACCCGGAGAACGGCUCUACGAGUAUCUGGAAGAGCCUAGGACGUUUCAGAGCCCGUGGUCUUGGGUGUGCGUGGCCGGGAGAUGCGAGAGGAGGGCGGUGAGAUCGUCGAGGACCUCGCUGGCAAGUUGCAUCGCGCUCUGCGGCGGAAACACGAGGCUUCUGUGGCCGAGGCCGACCGGAAACGUGCUGCUCGCCGAGGAGAGCGUGAUCGUACACCUGCAGCAAAUCGAAUUCGUCACGGUGAACACCAGCGAUCAAGAGACGAGGAAUCUGUUGGAGCACGCCAAGGACGUCUUCAUCGGCAACAUCAGGAGCUUGAUAAAGACGCCGAGCGCGAAGAGCAGGCCAGGGGUGGACGCGUUCGUGAUAUACUUGUCCGCGGGGAGCGGGGCAGCGACAGGGCCGAGCCUGGACGUGGACGAGUCGUACACCGUCGACCUGGCGGCGAAGGGGAGGGUGUUGGAGGCCCGGGUGGUCGGGAGGAGCUACUUCGGGGCCAGGCACGGGUUGGAGACGCUUGGCCAGAUGAUCUGGUGGGACGAGACGAGCGGCAGGGAGGGCGGGUUGCGGGUGCUGUCCCGCGCCUCGGUCGAGGACAAGCCCACGUUCCCCUACAGGGGACUGCUGAUCGACACGGGGAGGCAGUUCUUCCCCGUCGAGCGUUUGAAACGCGUGAUCGACGGGAUGGCGGCGUCCAAGUUGAACACCUUCCACUGGCACAUAUCCGAUUCCCAGAGCUUCCCCUUCGACUCGGCCCAAUUCCCGGAGAUGGCCAGGUGGGGGGCGUACAGCGGGGACCAGAUCUACACGCCCGACGACGUCAAGGAUCUGGCCGACUACGCGAGGAUACGCGGCGUCCGAGUCCUCGUCGAGAUCGACUCGCCGGCGCACGCUGGCGCCGGCUGGCAAUGGGGGACGGAGUACGGUUACGGGGAGCUGGCACUGUGCGUUGAUCAGCAGCCAUGGUCGUCGUAUUGCGGCGAGCCGAAUUGCGGCCAGUUGAAUCCCAUCAACGAGCACACGUACCGAAUACUCGAGGGCCUGUACAAGGAGCUGCUCGAGCUGACCGGGAUCCGGGACGUGGUCCAUCUCGGCGGGGACGAGGUGAACCUCGACUGUUGGGCCCAGUACGGGAACAUCACGGCCGCGAUGCAGGCCCAGAACAUGACCGACCACCACGCAAUGUGGGCCGAGUUCGAGACCAAGAUGCUGCACAGAUUGGUCAAAGCGAAUCGAGACGAAACGCCCAAGGCCGUGAUCCUGUGGAGCUCCCCCCUCACGAAGAGGCCGUACAUCACCACCUACUUCGACCCCAAGAUUCACGUGAUCCAGUCGUGGGGGGGCAGCAAUUGGCCCGAGACCCCCGACCUCCUCGAGGACGGGUUCAGGGUGAUCCUCUCGCACGUGGACACCUGGUACCUGGACUGCGGGUUCGGCAGGUGGAGGGAGACGGGGGAGGCGGCCUGCGGCGAGUACCGCACCUGGCAGACCGUCUACAACCACAGGCCGUGGCGGGACUACCCCCAGCAGCACUGGGGCCUCGUCCUGGGCGGGGAGGCGGCGAUAUGGAGCGAGCAGACGGGCGACGCGUCGUUGGGCCCCCGACUGUGGCCCAGGGCGUCCGCCCUAGCCGAGAGACUCUGGAGCGACACGCCGACCAACGGUUAUUCCACGGACGAGAACGUGUACACGAGGCUGGCCGCGCACAUGGAGCUUCUGACGAGCCGGGGAUUGAAGACGGAGGCGAUGUGGCCGCAAUGGUGCUCCCAGAACCCGGGCAAAUGUCUCUGACCGUUCGUCACGAUCCCGGCAACGAUGAUCGAGCAGCGGAAUUGUACCGGUGGAUGCGACGAUCUCGUCCCCGCCUCGUUCGUCCUCUCGUCGUGCGUCGAGAUGGUCGUCGUCCGAUAACGAUUUUUCAUCAACCGCUCUCCCGAAUCUUCUCGAGAGAAGAAGUAAUCCUGGAGGGAGAGAUCGAAGGAUUUUCGAAGAUUGGCUUGGUAAAGCAGCACCGAGUGAAAUGGAAGAAAUAGGGAGAAGAAGGGAAUAUCAACGAUAUAGUUGGAGGGGAGGAAAGGAUCGAGAAAUUUUGUAUUGAAAGGGAGAAUCGAAGAAUCUCGAGAGAGAAGGAAAUGAUUUACUUGUACUUGUUGAGAGAGGAACGAAUGUUUUUUUUCUCUUUUUUUAUCCAACCUGUUCAACUUCUUCUUCUCCUGAGGUUUUCUUGCCGAGGAAGAUGACCAGGAGGAAAGCAAAAUGUGCUUUGAGUUUUUCCUUCUCUCGUCCACUCCCCCCUCCAGGUGAAAGAAGAGAGGAAAAAGUAGGGAAAAAGAUAUUUUAUACUUGUACGAGAUAUAUUGUACGCUGCGCACUAUAUAGACAGGUUAGAGAAAGGUCGAAACGAACAAGGUCAAUUGAGGAAUACGCGCGAAUUUUAUAUUUGCGUCGCGCCCGACCUCGCCAUACACACUUUUCGUUCAAAGUGCCUUUCCAAUUUGUAAUUUCUACUCGUCGUGGGAGUGGAAACGACUCCGUUUUACACCGUGAAAACAACACCGAAUGAAACGCGUUCCUAGGGAUCCAAGGAUCUCGAUCGAGGCGGGAAAGAAUCGUCGAGAUCGUCGUAGCAGAUUUGACGCGGCGCAGCGGGACAAGCAAAUUUGUGGAUUCGUUCGUCGACAUCUGCCUCGACGGUUGGUCCGACCCCCCAGCCCUCCCCCCCACUCUUAUUGCACUUUUGAAAAAAUUGUGUCGAAAUUUUGCUCGAGCGAUAUUUCAAUAUUUUAAUUUUUUUUUUUUGGAAUGGAAAAAUGAUGAUCGAUCGUCAUUCUGUUCAUCUUCUUGUCAUAUUCCGAAGAAAAGUGUAUUUAAUAUGUCGACAUAUAUUAUAUUAUGUGUAAUGUUAUCGGCAGAAAUUUUUUCUCGCGUCGUUUCGUCGUGAAUGGAUGAAUUUCGAAAACGACGAUUAACAAGAAGAAGAUGAUUCUUUCUUUUCGAAAGACUGUUAUACCGAUACGAUACUUCCACCGAGGGAAAAGAGAAAGAUGGAGGAAAGAAAAAAAAAAAAAUACGAAACAUUCCAAAAAAAAAAUAGGCAAAAGUAACUAAUAAGAAAGAAGAGACCUGUGUAACCGAUUGAUCGAUUUUGAACGGAACGCGGGAAAAAGGAUUCCAAUCCUUCAUGUCGAAUUUUCCCCGAAUCAAGGAAAAUUGGAAGUAUUAGUUUUUUCGUAACGCGACAUAGCGAAACGUGGCCGUCAGAUGCGUGAAAAUGACGCCAUUCCGCGUAGGCUUCCCUCUUUGAAACUGCCAGUUCUAGGUCCUACAUAGAACUUGCUAUAAAAUUUGAAAAAAGAGAAAAAAAGAAAAAAAAAAAAAGAAAGAAAGAAAAAACGCGAGAAGAGCGUGUGUUCUCCGCGAAGAGCGUUGUUAUAAAAAAUUAAAAAACGAAAUAGAGGUGUGCGGGAGCAUAUGUUCAAGGAAUUCCAGUUCUUUGGCAGCACACGCAUCAUAUCCCUCGAAGCCAAAGAGAUCAUUGAAGAAAAGAAAAAGAAAAA